AACAAGUCGACCUUCCCCCAAUAAAUACCCAAGAGGCAGAGAGAGUACUGCGGUGAACAACUCGAAAGCUACUCUGAGCAUGGGAGCUCCAGGCAUCUGCACAGUGUCUCUGUUCCUGUUGGUCCUGGGGCAAAUGGUGUCAUGCCAGCCGUCAGACACGUUUUGCCUGGAGAACGAGGUCGGAAUCCACGCAGACCCUGAGGAUGCUUCAAGCUUCUACCAGUGCCUGGGGAAUGCCACCAUCUAUAGCACCUGCCAGAGGAACCUCAUCUUCGACAUAGUGAGCAUGUGGUGUGUCAAGCCACCCACUGCCGCCCCGCCUCAGACCACUGCAGAAGCCCAGGCCGCUCCAGUCACCACCGCAAGAGCUCCAGUGGCCACCUCAAAGCCUCUAAUAGACAUCUCGCAACUCCCAGUAGCCAGCCCGAAGACUCCAGGAGUCACCUCCCAGGCCCCAGUGGCCACUCCAGCAAACCUGACAGAGAGUCUACUCUUUUGCAGAGGGAAAACCGAUGGAUUCUUUGAAGACCCGGAAGACGUCAGCUUCUACUAUUUUUGCUGGCAGGGUGAAACAAACCAUAUUGCCUGUGCACCUGGCUUGGUCUUCAGCAUCCAGGUUACAGCAUGUAUCCAUCUGAUGUCCGUCGCCCAGCCCACAAGCACAACCCCAACACCAACAACGUUGCCACCAACGGCUAUUCCUACAACACAGGUCCUUGUGACGACAGAGGAGAUGGCAAUGACAACGGCACCAAAAACUACUGCAACAAGACUGGAAAUGCCCACAACAGCAAAGACUACUGCAACAUCACAGGAGAUAACAACGGCAGUCAAAAUUCCUACAACAACAGGGAAGGCCAUGACCACAGAACAAGAAACGUUCAAAACAACAAAGGCAACGACAACAACACAGGAGAUACCCACAACAAGAGGGAUACCGGUUACAACACAGGAGAUACCCACAACAAGAGGGAUACCUGUUACAACACAGGAGAUACCCACAACAAGGGGGAUACCUUGUUACAACACAGGAGAUACCCACAACAAGGGGAAACUACAACACAGGCAAUACCCACAGUGA